AGGCGCUCGCCAUCGUGCCCCCCCUCCAGGCCUGGCUCCAGAGUGGGGCCCCGGUGACCCGCGUCUGGGCAAGGGAACACGAAGUCCAAUGGUGCCGUUCAUCAUUGGGGUCUUCGGGCUGCGCUUUGUCUGGUCCCUCACCUAGGACCUGUCUGCCUUGGGUGACCCUACCAGGGGCAUGAAGCCCCAGACAGCAUAGCUCCUGGGAUCAUUGGGGCCCUCAAACCCCUCCACCACAAUAAGGUGGCAGCACGAGGAGAGGCACAUAAAUCCAAAGAGCAGAAAAUAAAUGUACUUGUGAUAACUUUCCUAUCUUGUUGGUUUUUUAAAAUGGUUCAUUAUAGGAUUUGGGUCAAUAAUCAUCCACCCAGAUUGAAGGAGACUGAUUCUGAAAGAUCCAAUCACACUCACAUUCAUACUCUGAUAUGCUGAUCUAUUGGCAACUUGGGAUUAAGUGCCAUGCCCAUGGGCACAUCAACAUACACACACAUUUUAGAUUGCAAGACAGUGCUCUGCUAAUCCCAGCCAGAAAUGUUGAGUUUAUUGUUUCUGAACUAUUUUCCAACCAGAGGUGCUUUGUACUCUGGUUAGAAAGCUUUUGGAUGUUGGCCAUGUUGUUUCUUGUGCAUCUAUUGCUCAGAAAUAAAUUGAUAAAUCUCACCUAGAUUAAAUAUUAGCCCUUUUUGUGGCUGUGGCACUGAAAGAAUUAAUUCACAGAUUAUUUCCACGUUUCUCUGGCUGUUCAAAAGGGCAUCCUUUUUCACUGGGUGGUGGAUGUCAGCUCCGUCUUAGAUAAACAUUUUCAUGUUUAGGUGAUUUACUGUAUGUAUUUAAGCAUUUUUCAGCAUUACAGAAAGCAGCAAGUUGCUCACAUGCAUGAACCAAUGUGUCUGGUUUUCUUUUAACUACGUCUUGAUCUCAGUAAUCAUUUUCAUUUCUGCUAAAAAUUAAUCCAAAUGUGAAAUUUGCAACUUUGUCCUUUUCCUCAGAACCAGUUCUGCGAUCAGAUCAAGCAAAGGGUUUGAAGCAAAGAGUUCACCUGCCAUGAACUCUAAUCACUGAGAUAAAACAAACACUGGAAUAAUAUUUGAUAUGACAUUGGACUUUGGUAUAGCAGUCUUUUAUUAUCUUUGUAUGACAGGUUAUUAAAUAAACUCUUAUGUCUUGAGUCCUGUUGUUUCAUUUAAUCUGAUCUACCAGAUCCAGACCUUGUUUAUUACUGUUUUGACAUAUUUUAUCUUUAAUGCCACCUUUACAAGGUAGAAGCAGUCCAGAGUUCAUCUCAUGUGGGCAGAGCAGGAAGAUGAGUCUUUGUAAAGGACAGAAGAACAGAACCGUGUCUUCAGCACCCGCCUGCCUGUCUAUGAGGAGUGACCACUCCAACAUUCUCCCUCCGCUGUUCAGUGACGAACCUGGAGCUUCAGACACUAAAGGGAAAAGCAGCAGCCAUGUUCCUGAGGUGGAUGACACGUCCUGCUGCGCUGUGUGUCAGAACCUCCUGAUGUAUCCAAUUUUGGCCAGCUGCGGACACUGGUUCUGCAGACAGUGCACGAUCACAUACUGGGAAGAGUCAAAUCCACACGCCCCGUGUCUCCAGUGUAGAGAAAUGUUCACACCCCUAACUGGACCUCAGGCAGCCAAUCACAGCAGCUCUGUGGAAGAUUUUGGUCUUCAGGAGGAUUUAGACAAACACAGGAACCAAUUGAAGAGGAGAUGUAAAUAUAUAACUGAAGGAGCUGAUGAAUUAGGAGCCAGAACUCUCCUCAACAGCAUCUACACCGAGCUCUACAUCACAGAGGGACAACGUGAAGAGGUUAAUACCCAACAUGAGGUGAAGCAGCUGGAGACAGCUUCCAAGGCUCUCAGUGACACAUCAAUCAGGUGUCAUGACAUCUUUAAAUCCUUCCCUGAUCAACAUGGAGCCAUCAGAGUGGUUCUGACCAACGGUGUCGCUGGUGUUGGAAAAACCUUCUCAGUGCAGAAGUUCACUCUGGACUGGGCAGAGGGUUUGGAGAAUCAAGAUGUCAGUGUGGUGGUUCUGCUUUCAUUCAGGGAGCUGAACUUGAUCAGAGAUGAGCAGCACAGUCUUCUCACUCUGCUCCAUGUUUUCCAUCCAACCCUCCAGAAGCUCCCAGCAGAGCAGCUGGCUGUCUGCAAACUUCUCUUCAUCUUUGAUGGCCUGGAUGAAAGCAGACUUUCACUGGACUUCAACAGUCAGCUGGUUUCUGACGUCACACAGAAGUCAUCAGUCAAUGUUCUGCUGACAAACCUCAUCAAGGGGAACCUGCUUCCCUCGGCUCUCAUCUGGAUAACUUCCAGACCUGCAGCAGCCAAUCAGAUCCCUCCUUCAUAUGUUUCUAGAGUAACAGAAGUACGAGGCUUCACUGACGCCCAGAAGGAGGAGUAUUUCAGGAAGAGGUUCAGUGAUGAAGAGCUGUCCAGCAGAAUCAUCUCCCACAUCAAGACCUCCAGGAGCCUCCACAUCAUGUGUGGAAUCCCAGUCUUCUGCUGGAUCACUGCUACAGUUCUGGAGAACAUGUUGACCUCAGAGCAAAGAGGAGAGCUGCCCAAGACCAUGACUGACAUGUACUCACACUUCCUGCUGGUCCAGACAAAGAAGAAGAAGAACAAGUACCAUGGAGGACAUGAGACAAGUCAACAGGAGCUGAUGGAGGCUGACAGGGAAGUUCUUCUGCAGCUUGGAAAACUGGCUUUUGAACAUUUGGAGAAAGGGAACAUUGUAUUUUAUGAGGAGGAUUUAGAGCAGUGUGGUCUGGAUGUCACAGAGGUUUCAGUGUACUCAGGAGUUUGUACAGAGAUUUUUAAACGGAAGAGCGUGAUCUUCCAGAAGCCAGUCUACUGCUUUGUUCAUCUGAGCAUUCAAGAGUUUAUGGCUGCAGUCUACAUGUUCCACUGUUUCACCACCAGGAGCACAGAUGUGGUGAAGGACUUCCUGGAUGGUUCACCCAACACCCAUGUUGGGAGAGACUUAAAAAUGGAAGAUGAUAACUUCACUCUAAAUUGUUUCCUAGAGAGAGUCAUGAUGAAAUCUCUCCAAAGUAAAACUGGGCAUUUAGACAUGUUUGUUCGCUUCAUUCAUGGCCUUUCUCUGAAGUCAAACCAGAAGCUCCUGGGAGGCCUUGUUGAUCAAACAGAGAAUAGUCCAGAGAAUAUCUAUAAAAUAAUCAACAACCUGAAGAAGAUGAACACCAAUAAAAUGUCUCCAGAUAGAAGCAUCAACAUCUUCUACUGUCUGAUGGAGAUGAAUGAUCUCUCAAUUCAGCAGGAGAUCCAGGAGUUUCUGAGGAUGGAGAACCGAUUAGAGAGGGAACUCUCAGAGAUCCACUGCUCAGCUCUGGCCUACAUGCUACAGAUGCUGGAGGAGGUUCUGGAUGAGUUGGACCUGGAUAUGUUCAACACAUCAAAGGAAGGGAAAAUGAGGCUGAUCCCAGUGGUGAGGAACUGCAGAAAGGCUCGACUGGUUGGCUGUCGACUCUCAGAGACUCACUGUGAAGUUGUUGCCUCGGCUCUGAUGUCCAGCCGCUCCCAGCUGAUAGAACUGGACCUGACUGGAAACGUCCUGCCUGGCCCAGGAGUGAAGCUCCUAUGUGAUGGACUUGCAAGUCCACACUGCAAACUGAAGACACUGAGACUGAGAGGCUGCAGGCUGUCAGAAAUCAGCUGUGAUAGUCUGGUUUCUGCUCUCAUGUCAAAUCCUUCUCAUUUGAAACAUCUGGACAUGGGUCUGAACAAUAAGCUGCAGGAUUCUGGCAUGAAACUGCUUUGUGCCUUUCUAGAAAAUUCAGAAAGUAGACUGAAGACACUCAGAUUGCUAGAAUGUAGCUUAACUGGAAUAGCCUGUGCUUAUUUGGCCUCGACUCUAAAGUCCAACCCCUCCCAUCUGACAUAUCUGGACAUGAGUGGGAACAAUCUUCAGGACUCAGGUGUGAAGCACCUGUGUGCUUUCAUAGAGACUCCUAACUGCAAACUGCAGAAACUGAGUCUGUGGGGCUGCAGGCUAUCAGGAACCAGCUGUGCUUCUAUAGUCUCGGGCCUAAACACCAACCCGUCUUUUCUGAAGCGUCUGGAUCUGAGAGACAACAACCUGCAGGAUUCAGAUGUGGAGCAGCUGCUGGAUCUGGUGGAGAGUCCACAAUUCAGACUGCAAAGGCUGAGAUGGAAAUGAUGAUCCUUUUACAGAUGAAAAGGAGGGGAUCUGAGGAGGUUAAACUGGACAGUCAACUGACAGGAAAGACUUAUUUAGUUUGUGUGUGAACCGGGUUUUUAUAUACUUGUGGGGACCUAUUUCUGUCUACAUUGUGGGGUUGUGAGGACCACGGCUUCUUGUGGGGACAAAUCCCAGUGAUGGAUAGGAUUAGGAGUAAACUGUAAAUGAAUGGAAGUCAAAGUCCCCACAAGACACAAAAACAUGACUGUGUGUGUGGCGGUAAUAGCUCUACUGCAUCUCUCACAAUGUGUGGUAGAUGCUGCCUGUUAAUAUAUUUCCAUUGUUCUGAUCCUGAUGUGUCAGAAAUGCUAACGCUGAAGGUAACGAAACGUUUAAGCUCCUCCAUGCAGGAACCUGACCGUGUUGAGUCCAUUAAAGAUAAAACCAAGUCCUUUAAACUCAAUUUUUAUAAUAUUUCAGAAGGUAAAACCUUCCAGUCCGUUUAAAUAAACUUAUUUAAUUAUUUCAUAAUAAUGAAAAUCUCACAAGAAAUUCUUUUUUCAUUUUUAAUUCCAGACUGUCUCAAAGUGUUUAAGAAGUUUUGUUCAAAAGUUUUGCAGUGUGGCUCCAAGUUCAUGAAUUAAAAAAUUUCAGGGGCCAUUUCAAUUCUUGUUAAACUAAAAUUGGACCAUUUUAAUGCAACAAAAAGAACAAGUUGUUGUAGCUCCAAAAAUGGUCUCAGACAUUUUCUUUAAAAGGUUUACAGUCUCCUGAGCUUUUUUGGUCUAAAGGUUUUUUAAAUUUAUUUCCAGCAACAAAAGAGAGAAUGUUUUUCAAUGAGCUUUUACAUCUAAGUCUGUCUCUGCUUUAAAGGAAGCUGGAUGGUUUUGGCCUAUCACAUUAAGCUGAAAGUAAAAACACGGCUAUUCAAAGAAAAAUAAGAACCGAGGUUCUUUGUGCCACACAAAUUCAUUCCAAGGGCUGUGUUGCAUUUACUGCUCAUGGGAUCUGAGUGCAGGGGCCUCCCAACAAAGAUGUGCCCCGUUUCCUUGUGGAGUCCAACAUCCCGGACCCCACACUGCUUAGGAGCAUCUCCUAAUGUGUAGCCUGCUUUUCCCCUUCUCCUUGGGGAAAAAGCAGCCCAAGGAGACUAGUGGCAGCAACUAAAAUAUGUGUUUAAGUGUGUGCUCUUGCCCUCUUGCCCUCUUGCCCUCUUGCUCUCAGUGAAGGCGGACGCUUUUUCCCUCUGCUCCCUUCCUGCCUUGCCUGCUCUGUUUUUGUCAUGUCUUUUUCUAUAUUUUUGGAGCCUUUCUUUGCACAUCCUCCAAAUCUACAAAUUAUGGAUCUGGUCAACUGGUCUCUCAAAGGAAUUGAUCAAAUUUUCUCGAUGAGAAGACUGGGCACAGGAGAGUCCUCUUGUCCUGCAGGGAUUCACCCUGGAUUUAUUCAUGAUAAAAGGAUUUCUCCUGUUUGGAGCUUGUGGAUUCCUGGCUUAUCGACAAAUUUGUGACGUUCUUGGCCGAACUCGCGAACACUCAGACUGUUCGCUAGUUCAGGCUAGCGAACUACCAGAGACAUCUUGUGUCUCUGGUUGGCCAGAGACACAAGAUGGAUGUGAGUCUUGCUGAGACUCGCAGCCCAGCGGAGGACUCUAAAACUCACUAAUGGAAAGGAAUCCAUCUUGGAGAAGUUGCUAGUUUUGGUUCAGUGGAAUGACCAAACUAAUUUGGAUGAUUGGGAACUGAGAUGUUUUGGAGAGACUUUAGGGAAGAUUGAAAUUUAUAAUCUACCCGACCUAAGACAUUCUGUAUCUGAAUUGACUUUCCCUCUGUUGCUUAUUUUUAUAUUUUCAAUCUCUUUAUCUCUUUGAAGAUAUGUAAACAUUACGCUCCUUCCCACCUCAGCCUGUUAUCCAUGCAGCUGUGGAGCUGAGCACUCCCAAGGACAUUCCUUGAUAACAACAUCUUAUCGGACUUCUGUCGGGAGGUUGAGCAACGUGGUUUCAUGUGAUGUCACCGCCUUCACUCAUGUCUUUGUUUUGUCUGGAUGUUGCCAUGUGCCCUAUUGUGUCCUUUUCUCUUUUUAUUUUGUUCCCCUUUUUGUGAGGAUUUGGUUUUUCUGUGUAUUAAUUUAGGUUUCUGUGCUCAGUUAUCCACAG